GUCCCGCCCCCUCCAGCCGCCGAGGCCCCGCCCCCUGCUCGCGGCCGCCCGCAGAGGCGAGGCGAGGCGGCGCGGCGCGGGCUGCCAUGGCGCCGCCGCGGGGGGCCGGGCGCGGUGCUGCCGCCGCCGCCGAGCGGGGCUGGUACCUGUCCGCCCGCGAGGAGGAGGAGGAUGAGGAGGCGGACGAGGACGCGGAGUGCGCCCCGCUGCUGCCGCCGCGCAGCGUGCGUCAUCCUCCGGACCGUGGCUCUUCCUUUGCUUUCUCGGUGUUCAACUUGAUGAACGCGAUCAUGGGAAGCGGGAUACUGGGCUUGUCCUAUGCUAUGGCCAACACGGGGAUCAUGGGUUUUAGUAUCUUGCUGCUGAUUGUUGCCAGCCUUGCUUCUUACUCUGUAUUUCUUCUGCUCAGUAUGUGCACUCAGACUGCUGUUACUUCUUAUGAAGAUCUUGGCCUCUUUGCAUUUGGAUCACCUGGGAAGGUUCUUGUUGCAACUACAAUAAUUAUCCAGAAUAUUGGAGCCAUGUCAUCUUAUCUUUUAAUUGUGAAGUCUGAACUUCCUGGUGCUGUUGCAGGGUUCUUAAGUGGAGACGGCGAGAGUGGCUUUUCCAACAGGUCUUGGUACCUUGAUGGGAGACUGCUGCUGCUGAUUACUUCGGUCUGCGUUGUUUUUCCUCUUGCACUUCUUCCUAAAAUCGGCUUUCUUGGCUACACAAGUAGUUUAUCAUUUUUCUUUAUGGUGUACUUUGCUCUUGUGAUUAUAAUUAAAAAAUGGUCCAUCCCUUGUCCUCUACCUCUAAACAGUGCAGAGAACUUACAGAUUUCAAAUUCUACUGGGGAGUGUAAAGCAAAGCUCUUUCAUCUUUCAAAAGAGAGUGCUUAUGCAAUACCAACUAUGGCCUUCUCUUUUCUCUGCCAUACCUCAGUCUUACCCAUUUACUGUGAGCUCCAAAGUCCAACCAAAAGUAGGAUGCAGAAUGUAACAGUCACAGGAAUUGGUCUGAGUUUCCUAAUUUACUUUAUAUCUGCUUUGUUUGGGUACCUGACUUUUUAUGACAAAGUGGACUCCGAAUUACUGCAAGGUUACAGCAGGUACCUGCCACAUGAUACUGUAAUCAUGACUGUUAAACUUGCCAUACUAUUUGCUGUGAUUUUGACAGUCCCUCUAAUCCAUUUCCCGGCAAGGAAAGCUGUGCUGAUGGUAUUUUUCUCUGAUCUUCCUGUGUCAUGGAUUUGCCAUAUCCUUGUCACUUUAACACUGAAUACAAUUGUUGUUUUGUUUGCAAUGUACGUGCCUGACAUCAAAAAUGUAUUUGGAGUAGUUGGUUCGACCACAUCAACGUGUUUGCUUUUUGUAUAUCCUGGACUGUUUUAUCUUAAACUUAGCAGAGAAGACUUCUUAUCACCACAGAAACUUGGGGCAUGUGCAUUGGUUAUUUUUGGCAUUUGUGUUGGUCUUCUCAGUUUAAUUCUAAUAAUUUUCAACUGGAUUAAUCAAUAAAAGCCUAUCACCUCUGUCUAAACUGGACUGCAGAAAGACAGCAAAACAGAGACAUACUGAAACUGCUGAAGUUGAAUGCUGGACAUCCUAAAGAAAAAAAAAAUUGACCAAAACUGUCCAUUGAGAAAACAACCCUCUUUUUUCACUUCAUUAGUAAUGAAUCUUCAGUUAAACUCAAGCUUAGUCUUGAGUCAGUCUCUUCAGUUAUUGCACAGCUAGUCUUUGCCAUUUUAAAAUACUAGUUUUUAAUGAUGUAAUCAUGACAGGUAAAAAGGUCUCUUCAGAAUUUCUGCAAUCCAAAAAUGUUCUAAUGCAUGGAGUGAACAAAAAAUAGAACCUUGAAAUAACUUCUGAUUUUCUUUUCUUUUAAAGAGAAUGAGAUAGACAGAUUUUAUGUCAGUCAUGAUGUGCAUAUCACACAUUAUCCCAAAUAAUGAAAGACUUCUGUUGAUUUCAGUAGAAUAAGUUCUAAAAUUUCAGCCAUUUCAUAUUAAGAACUUCCUGGUUCCAGAUGAUUACCUUAACUUAUCCUAAUAUGGACCCAGAAGCUGGUUGCUUCAGCCCAGUUUACAUGGCACAUUAUGAUAAGAGGAAGGUUUUCUCUAAGGUUUUUAAUGUUUUUUUUAAUACAGUUUUAUACCUCAGUAUCCUUGAAUCAUAUUGGAGUAAUUUUUAAAAAACAGAAGUCUUUCCAAAUCUAGCAUAUUACAUUUUAGUAGUGUUAGGAAGCAUUUCCAUUUUGCAGUUAAAAAUAGAUAUAUUUCAAUUAAUGCCUGUUUUUGAAUAUUACUGAAUUUACCGCCAUACUCCUCCCAGUGAAAGACUUCUUUCUUUUUCUCUCUGACUCACGUUUCCACUAGCAUUUCAUCUUUGAACUAGAUCAUGCCUUUAUUUUAUAUGUUGUUGUGAUCAGAGAAGGUUUGGACUUGAAAGGUGAAAUUCUGAAUCUGUUGGCGACAAAGGAAAACUUAUGUUUACGGAACCCUAAUCUUAACCCAGAUCUCUAAACUUUCAUGUACCCCUUUAUAGUCCUUUUUCUGCCUAAAUGAAAUGUGAAUGCAAUUUUCAACACCAACUGGACUCUGUUAAAUAUGGUAUUGGGUGCCCACCACAAAAGUUCUUCAUAUUAGUAGAAUAAAAGCAAUGACUGAUGUUGUGGUAAGUUUUUUAAAAUUUUGUUACUUUCAGAUGGGAUCUAAUGUCUUUAAAAUGGAAAUAGCCUAAUCUCUUCAGGGAUUUUAUGCCCUAAGGAAGUUAGGCCUCCACAGUAAUGUCUUGUGUAAAGUUAAGAAAUUAGACCUCAGACUCAAAUGGCAAGAUUUAGAGAGUGGGAAAGUUCUUCAUUAUUUCCAGAUGCAAUAUUUCUUUUAAUUUGGCUUAACACUUUUAUAUCUGAGAAGUAGAGUGAGACACAAGUGAAACAUAGCAAAGUAAUACAUUUAUGUAAUAGAAAGCAGCUAUUAAGCUACAUUUAAAUAAAUUUUCACUUCCAUAUGGUACACAAGUAGUAAAGUAGUUGACUAUUACCAGACAAUCUUGUUGAAACAGUUUUGUUAAUAUGUUGAUCUAUAUCUUAUCAUUUGAGAUGGUGAAGAUGCCCCAGAGUCUGGCAUUUCUAGCUUCUUAACAGCAGGUUUGUGCAAUAAAGCUCCAAUACAAAAUUGGAGCCCAAAACCGAAAAUCAGAAAUAAAACUACAUCAGAAUCAUAGCUAUGAUGUUCGUAAAACUUGUUCUCCUACAUAAACAGUUAUAUUUUCUAACGGGAUAGCAGAGAAAGCAUUUGAUUAAUUCAAGUUUUAUUUUAUUUUAUUUUUUUUAUUUAAUGUCAUGGUAGAAGGUAGCUUAGCUUCUGCACUGUUGAUGGUUGUGGAGCAACAUGAAAGUUGAUUGCAACUUGGAAAGAUGUGACUGCUAAACAAGCUGCCUUGAUAAAAUACUAUGGCUGCCUUUGCUGGUGGCCCGCAAGGGGCAUUGAGUGAAGCCACUCUCCAGACAGGCCACAUCAUUCCAUUUAAAUUGUUUUAAUUCCACAUGGAUUUGUAAAAGGCUGAUUCAUGUGUCAACUUUAACAUAAAGCAAACUGAAUGUGCAUGAUCCUCAGCUGUGUAAUAGGAAAGAACAGAAAAUAACCAGAGUUGAGAUAACCAUCUCUAUUUCUGAGCUGAUGAACCAGGAUUUCUGGCUCACUCAGCUCUCUUGGGAUCCAUAGGAUGCUUUUCACUUUUGAUAGGUGGCCUGAAGGCACCCAGGAGGUAUUGGUGUGCAGCGAGGUACCACGUCAGGAUUCCUGUAUGCCUUGGGAAUGUUCCGCUACUUAUGAGUUUAAUGUAAAAGUAGACUUGUGUCGUGAAGCCUAGAAGCUACCCCAGAGGUUGCAUUAGAAUGCCCAUUCUGCAGGAAUUGGUAUGGUAUAUCCUGAAAAGACUGCAGUUAUUUUUAUCGUGAAGUCUCUACCUGAGGUUUCAUGACACAAGGUGAGCCAAUCUAAUAGUUUGUCACUACUGGAAAGAGCAUGUCCACUCCUUCCAGAAGUUCACAGCUGCUGUUGUGGCACUGGCAGUGGCUGCAGGUCAGCAUAUUUAACUAGCAGAAACCAGUGCAGCUUAGGAGAUCAACAAGUUAUCUGCCAACAGAAUGAAUUGAUUCAACUCAGGGGAUGAGAAAAGUAAGGAAGAGAGAGUGGGACUGCCUUUUUGAGCGGUAGCAUCCAUUAGAGCAACUCAUGCUGCUCAGGAAACCUCACACUCAACCUACUGAAGCCAACUGCUGGAAGCAGGAUGUGUGCAUGCAUAAGGGAUGCCUCUAACUUGAGGUCUCUGGCCACCUUUGAUCAAGACUGUUUUUCAGUGUUACAUGGGUAUUAGUGAGUGAAGCUCUUCAUCUUGCCUUUCUUCUUGCAGAUCUCUCUACAUUUUUAAGUCCUGAUAACCAGAAAACUCUUUUUAGUAAAACAGGAAACUUUACGUUCAUGUGAAUGAAUUGUAGGUUUGUUUGGUUUUUUUUCUUCAGACAUUUAGAAAUUAGGAAGAAUGUUUGUUAGAACUGUGAAUUUUUGUGGAAAUUUUCUUGUUUAUCAUACUCCUGUACCUUCUGAUUGAGUAAUGUUUAUAAGACAUCACGACAGUUAAUUUUAAGUAUUUUAAGCUCUAAACAGGAAACCUUAACACUGAAGACUUAGAUUACUUGUGAAGGUGCAGAAAGUUGGAAAAGCUUUGCUAAUACUCUGUGCUUACACUGACAGUUGGAUUUGUGUGCGUCAUGUUGAAAAAUGUGACUAAGCAAAUACCUGAAAUACAGUGUUAAUUUUACAGUUGAUUCCUGUAAUCCUAUGGAAAUCACUACAUUAUCAUUUUUAAUCCCUGGGUAUUACCUAAUAGCUAGACUUUUAAAUGAUUGAUACCAGUGUAUGAAGUUAAUAUUCUGUUUGGGUGAAUGGAAGCAAUUCACACCUCUGCUGGAGCUCUAUUACUGUAUUUUGGCUGCAGUGCAGAAAGGAUGGAAGCAUGUUGAUUUACAGAAUGUGUGUUAUCUUACAUCUGAAAAAGAGUUAGAAAUAUUGUUACUUUUAAGAAGUUUAGAUGGUACAUAACUUAAAAUGUGGGAAGGAGGAGAAAGAGAGAACAAGAGAACUAUUUCCAAAUAUAGAAAAAGGUAUAGAAGGCAUUUUCCACAAUGAAAAAAACAGUAAGAACAUUAUUUUUGUCCUUGGAAUCUCCCAUAGAAUAAAUACAUUGUAUUUCUGUCUCUUUACUGGUUAUGCCAGUGUGUGAUGACAAAAGUAAUCUUAAAACUUGUGCUGCUGCCAAAUAAAUAUGCUGAAUGGGAUCAGAUAGAAUUGGUCUUUGCCUAGAUGGAGUUUUUUGCUGCACCAUUUCUGUUGGCCAGUACAAAUCCUCAAGAUACAAGCAUUGCAUGGGUCUGAACAGGCUUGUACUGGGAUGACUAACAAUAGAAAGGGGCAAAAACUUAUAAUAGCUUCUUCUGUUUUCACUUAACAAAAAUAUAAUUUUGAUGCAACAAGCUUUUUUAGUGGAAACUUUAUAGAAGUUUAUUUAAAAACACAAUUUUAAAUUUAUUUUUACAAAGGGGGGUGGGGAAGGAGAGUUUCUCUCAGUUUUUCUAACUGAUUGUACUUAUUGCUCUGUUCAUUAUGUCUGUAUAAGGAUUUCACUGUAAUGGUACACAAGAAGUUUUUCUGAGCUAAAUAAGCUCAAAUUUGGACCUCUCUACUCACAUGCUGCUAAAUGUAUUUUUCUUUAUUCUUAUGUACAGAUUUCUUUUUUGUUGCAAUUCCAGAUUUAUGCAUUCCAGCGAUUCUGCUUUAUUAUCUAUAAGUUAGCAUUUUCAGACCUUAUUCUGAAGACUUGACAGGAAUGGAUGAAGGGACCCACAGCAUUUCUGAACUCACAUGAAAAGGUUGUCUUUCUCCAAGUGAACGUGAAGAGCAAUGUAAGAGAGAUGAAAAUUAAUUGGUAGCCUUUGAUUUGUUUUCUUUCAUUCUCCCAUUUCCAUUCCUUGUCCAUUUGAAGGUUGCUUAAAUUUCAGACUGGCUGUGGUAAGCUGGGUGUGGAGAGUGUCCCUUGUAAACAGCAUUGGAGAAACUGGUAUUGCAAAAGGAAAGUGCUCUUAACCUGUCCUUUUUUGUGGGGAAAUGCUCAUGUUUUAUUCCCCGAUAGGACUAUUUUGAAGCAGUUUGCAUCUUGAUGCUUGCUUUUCAUUGAAAUAAGUUUGUCUAAAAUUCUCUUGUGUCCCUAUAUAGUGAAAAUUGAGAUACUGGAACAGUCUCAUCCUCUCUCUGUCACUCCUUUCCCCUUCACUUCACUUCAGUUUUGCAUUGGUGUCAGUUAUAUGGCUCUGAGCAGGGAUGUGCUGUUAGUUGAACAACCCAAAUGAUCAUUGUGCAGUGUGCAGCAUGGCUGAAAGGGUGUAGCUCAGGGAAGGUGUUGCUCUGUCCCUGCCCCGUUGUUACACUUUUCACAAAGCGUCCACUCCUGGUCACUGUUGAAGGUCAGUCCUCCAUGCAGGUAAACCCUUGGUGUGCCUAUCAUGUCUGCUCUGGUAGGAAUUUAUUUCUGCUUUUGAAACCUGGAGACGUCUGAACUUUGCAUCACUAGAAAGUUGUGCUGAUCUGAAGUUUUUAAUCAUUUGUCAUGUACAACAUACUUGAGGUGCCCUAUCUCCUACCCUUGAAAGCCUCCCAGUGAGGAUGAAGAUACACAGGUGUAAGGAGAUCCUGUGACUGAGCGCUAGGGCAAAUGUUACAUCUGUAAGCGGCUGGUAAGCACGGUGUUUGCAUGUGAGAGAAAACUCAUACUUAAUUAUGGCAUUUCUUAUGCUGCACGAAGUACUGUUUUGGUGCAGAUCUGGAAGGCAGUACUCCGAUAGCUGUAAUCUUGGAGGCCAGGAGUAUUCUGGGGACCAUCAGUCCAGCCGUGCCUGUUUGAAGCUCCAUAGGCAUCUCCUUUGGACAGAGGUAGAGAGGGGAUAUGGACCUAUUGUCAGCCUUUUGCCUGACUCAAUAUGGCCAUUCCCAUUUAAGUCAAAUUCCUAAGAUUAAUUUUUGGAAUUAUUUGUGAAGAAUGUGAGAUUUUUAUUAGCAUCAGCUGAUGUCUCUGCAGAAUCACAUAUGAUAUGUGAGGACAGAAUUUUGUCUGUUCUGGACGCAAACAGUUAAUUUCUUCAUUUCUGUGAGAAGGCAGGUUGGCUAUGCAGAAGUAUAUGAUUUCGAAAAGAAGUGCUGCUGGCUGAUUCAGGGGCUGGCUGUAGAGCAGGGAUUCCCCCACCUAGAUAUGGCUCUUGCUGCAGUGGAAGCAGCUUAUCGCAAGUUGUGAAAGAGCUAAAUGUUAAAUCAAGAGUCAGGAACCUUUAAAAAUGUUGAGGAAAAAAGAAUUGUCUGCAAUCCUGUUUACACUGUAGGCCUCAUCUCCCUGUGGUUUUCUUAAUUUGCCUGCAGUUCAACUGGUUUAGUGUAGUGUGGCCAUGGACUGCUUGAUCUUUAUUCGAUAAAAUAACAGAUAAAACUGACUUUGAUAGUAGUUUGGUCCAGUGAAUCUAAACCCAGUAUUUGUAGCAGAGUAAGUAAAUCAACACAAUGACAAGUAACUGCCUGCAGGGAACAGUGUGAUCGGCUGGAUCUUGAACCACUGAUAGCUCUUCUUUCACUUCCACAUUUUCCUUUACUCUUACCUUUUCCUGAGCAAGAGGAAGAGUUGUGGUCUUGCUCUGCUGAAGGUAGUGAAGCUCCACCAUGGAGGCAGAGCUGUGCUUCUCUCAUGGGCUAGUUCCCAAGCUCUGAUUGACCAAAGUGAGGUUCAAAAUUCUGAGUGCUUUUCAAUUUUGCCACCUGGGAUCUUUCUGUGGACUUAAACUGAUAUUUCUGUAAGCAAUAGAAAAAGAUGUACAUAUUUACCAAUGCAUCAUGACAAAUAUUUGAAGAUUAGUCUGGUUAUUUCCAAAUGUCCCUACUUAAUGAGAUUGAAAUUAGCUUUCUUACCUCUAUAGUGGGCAUUCUUAUGUGUGCUGUGGUUAGAAAUUCAAAUUCAGAUCAGUCCAAGAGCUAAAAUAAUAUUGACUGUUGUAGAACUUCUUUCCCAAUUAGAUUUUGUUUAACACUUAAACUGAAGUUGUUGCUUUACAGUUACUUUAAAUUGAAAGCUUUGGUUCUAGUUGGUAUGUGUACUGAGAAAUAUUUGGACACAUUUGCUACUACUUCCUAAUGAUUGUCAGUGGCAGAGAAUUUCCAGUAUUAAAAAAUUACUGCCUGAUUUCUAGAGUUUAUGUUGUUUUACUGUGUAUUUAUGUUUCAGUGAUCGUUCAACCAAUGCUUAGUGUAGAAUUAAAAGUUAAGAAAAAAAAAAACUUUAUGUAAAAACCGCCUAGCUAAUGUCAAACCUGUAUGUUGUACAACAUAGUUCCUAUUCUGAAUUCUUAUCCCUUCAAAUUCUGGGUGGAACAAGCACGGGGGCAUGCUCCAAACCCCCCAAAAUAAAGAAUAGUAUUUGUGUAACUCA